AAUUGUGAGGUGUGUGGGUUGGAAAAUGAAAAUCAGCACAGAAAACACUUCGAUGUCUUGACCACAGAAUUGGUGCCAGUUACAUAACACUAUUUCAUUGUAGGAAGAGCAGUGUAAACGCCGUUUUGUAUUUCACGGAUGCGCCUUUCAUAUUGGAAUCGUCCCCUCGUUACUGCUUGACAUUAGGUUUUGGUGUUUCUGUGGUUGACUCCAGGAGGAGGAGGUGGGCAGCAGUAGCAGCAGGUGAUCACUGGGAGCUUCAGUGCAGCUAGCGCGGAUGGGAUACAUCAGACUUCAGAUAGAGCCUGGCUGGGAGAGGGAGUGAGAAUGGACAACCUUUCUGACUUUGGGUCCCUAUGUCCGUCCAGCAAGAGGGAAUGGGACACCAGCAGCUGUGUGGACCAUUUGAUGGAUGAAGAUGAGAAAGACAGGGCAAAAAGGGCAUCUCGUAACAAAUCAGAAAAGAAAAGAAGAGACCAAUUCAAUGUGCUCAUCAAGGAGCUAUGCACCAUGUUGCAGGGCCAAGGCCAUCCACGCAAGAUGGACAAGUCCACCAUACUGCAGAGAACUAUCGACUUCCUGCAGAAACAGAAAGAAAUCACAGCACAGACAGAGUCGUGUGAGAUCCGGCAGGACUGGAAGCCUUCGUUCCUCAGUAAUGAGGAGUUCACCCAGUUGAUGCUGGAGGCUUUAGACGGUUUCCUCAUAGCACUAACUACAGAUGGAAACAUUAUAUAUGUGUCCGACAGUGCGUCUUCACUCAUUGGCCAUUUACCGUCAGAUAUGGUGGACCAAAAUAUCUUGAACUUCCUCCCUGAGCGUGAGCAUGGGGAGGUCUAUAAGCUGCUAUCAUCCCACAUGCUGAUGACUGACCCCAUCUCUGCUGACUUCCUGGACAGUAAGACACACAUUGAGUUCUGUUGUCAUUUAGCCAGAGGAAACAUCCACCCAAAGGAACCGCCUACAUAUGAGUAUGUGAAAUUUGUCGGAGAUUUCAAGUUUCAUAACAAUGUGCCUACAUCCUCUUGUAACGGGUUUGAGUUGACAUUACCAAGAACCCUGCCGUCGUCGCUGGAAGAGCAGGUCUGCCUUGUUGCCACUGUACGAUUAGUCACUCCACAGUUUUUAAAGGAUUUGUGUAAUGUGGAAGAUCCCUGUGAUGAAUUUACCUCCAGACACAGCCUUGAAUGGAAGUUCCUGUACUUAGAUCACAGAGCUUCACCAAUCAUCGGCUACUUGCCCUUUGAAGUUCUUGGGACUUCUGGCUAUGAUUACUAUCAUGUGGAUGACUUGGAGCUAAUAGCGCAGUGUCAUAAGCAAUUAAUGCAGUUUGGGAAGGGUAAAUCCUGCUACUAUCGGUUUCUGACCAAGGGUCAGCAGUGGAUCUGGCUCCAGACACACUACUACAUUACAUACCACCAGUGGAACUCCAAGCCAGAGUUCAUAGUGUGCACUCACACAGUCGUCAGUUAUGCGGAGGUGCGAGCGGAGAGGAGGAGAGAGUUUGGCUUGGAGGAGACAUCACCUGAGAUGGCCACUUCAUCAUCCAUAAAGGCUCAGGAGGUGUACCUGGACAUCUGUCCCAUUCUGGACCCCCCUGGACUGGACAGGAUGAGCGGGGCACGCUCAGUGUCCUCCCACAGCUCCCGGAAGUCCUCCCACACGACCCUGUCUGACUCAGCAUCAGCCAACUCGUCUUUGCGGUACACAGAUGCUUGCACACCAUCACGGCAGUCAGCAUCCAUCGCUGGGACAGAGGAGAAUUCGGCCAGACUCGCACCCAGUAGUGCAAAGACUUUGGGGCUAAACUCUUUUGACCUCCUUCCCCAACUGAGCAUCCCUCUUUCUCCUACCUGCAGCCAGCACUCCGCAAUGUCGCAACAACAACAACAGAAGCCGCAGCAGCAACAGUCCAUGUACCAGCAGCAGCAGCCCCCUGAGCCUCAGCUAGGUGUCAUGCACCAGCUCAAGGAGCAGCUGGAGGAGAGGACACGCAUCCUGCAGAUGGACAUCAAGACUCAGCAACAGGAGCUGCAUGACAUCAAGGAGAAGCUGCAGCUGGCUAACCUCCAGAUGUUGUUACAGCAGCCGGUCCACAGUGAUUUUGGUCAGGUCCAACAGCAGCAGCAGCAGCAACAGCCUCAGCAGCAGGGUCCAGGGAGGCCAGCCCAGCAGCAGCAGCAGGGCCAGUCUGGGGUGAUCAGGCAGGCCUCGAGCCACUCCAAACAGCCUCUUCAUGGAGCCCAUGGCUCGUCCCCUCACUCUCUCCUCAGAGAGCAAGGCACACCCUCCCCUCAGGUGCAGCAGAGGUUGAUAAGGAGUGCAGGCGGGCAGAUGCAGGCGGUCAGUCUCCCGGUACAGACCCACACCAACCUGACCAUGCCCUUCUACAGCAACCCCAUGAUGUUCUCUCAGCAGACGAGCGCACGGCCACUGCAGGACGCAAACCAAAGACACUCAGACACUGAGUUUAGCCAAGAGGGACAGCUACGCAUGCUGCUCAACCAGCCAAUGCAGACCCUCGUACCUGAUAGCAGUGUUACCUCCCAGGCUUCCCAGUGCAACACAGCCAUCCAGCAAACCAAAUACACCCUGGAGCAGCAGAUGAUGACCCCAUCGUUCCCCAUGCAGCAGGUGAACUGCAACGCUGUCCUGGUCCCCUCUCCCGUCUUCACGUCCUCCAUCAUGAUCCCUCACAACAGCUUUAUCACGCACCAGGCCCAGCCCGCCUACCAUGCUCAGCAGCAGGCCUGCCAGCACUCUCUGCAGCUGCAGCAGCCCCAGCAGUUCUUUCAGAUGCAGCCCCAAGGACUCUUACACAGUGGAACCACUCAGGCUUUCUUCCACACCACUAAUGUCCCACAGCAAGGUACUGUGGGUUAUAUUCAACAACAACCGCAGCAGCAACAACAACCACAACAACAGCAGCAACAACGACAACACCAAUAUUCCCAAAACCAGACUGGCAGCCUUUCAGACUUCCGAAAUAUGCUCACUCAGUAGCACCGAAGACACAAACAGAGUGGUGAGAUAUUCCCUGAAACGUAUUGUCACAGGUUCGGGGGCAGAAUUCUAUGGGAUGCAUAGAAGACACAGAGAGGCAUAUUUGGUACCAUGCUGUGCUGUGUUCUUCACUGUUUAAGAAGCCAUUUUGGCUUUGUUUCCACAGCAAAAAAAAACAUAAAUGAAAAUAUGCCUGUGGUGACCUUACUUCUGAUAAGGAGCCACCCUUUUUAGACAAAGCGUUUUUUGUACCACAUGCUGGGUUGAACCACAGGCAGAGGCUGCUUGGACAGGGGGUGGCCCCCAAGGCGACAGCUCUCCCGGAAAUGGAAAAGGAGUCAGUGUGCUGAAGGGCUGCGCUUCGCUGCACCACCAUCUCUUUCCACAGAGCUACUGGGGGCCAUGCUUAUUCGUCAUAUUUCAUCAUGACACUGCUGGAUGGAAAACACUAUCAAAGUAAUCAACAGGAAAACCGUGCUGCUGUGUGUUUUCAUGCAGAUGUGUUUUCAACAAAAAGAGAGGUUAUUGUUAGGUGAGUCUAAUUGUGCACUGACUGCACUGUGUUCAUACCAUAUGUCCUGUUGUUUCCAGAGAGUAAACGCAUGCAGUGAGCAUUUACUCCUUCAAAGUUGCAUCUUCAUUUCACUUCAUUUCACAUGAAAAACACUUAUGUGUCUGUAGGUUAGGGUUUUGCUGUGCAGUUGUUGCAUAAAAAAAGUAUGUAACAUAGGAAGACUGUUAUGAAACAGUAGUUUUACAAACCUAUAAAAACAUAAUAUUUUCUCCCACAAGGAAAUGUAAAGGAAGGGAUUCAUUUUGAUGUUGGACAUGUCGUUUUUUUCAUCAAACAUUCAGUCAGCCACUCCCAGACAUAGUUGAUAUCAUUAUUAAACACUUAAGUAUAUUCACCACUCAACAAUAUUAGUCCCAUGUUUGGGGGGGGGGAAUCAUUUUCAUGACUGACACAGCAACUGGAACAAUGUCCUCAUACAAUGACUAUUAUUUUAAUUAUAGAUUCAAAUAUUUAGAAUUUUUUUCUAAAAACGAAGAAUAGUACCAAUUUAAUUAUGGCAACAUUUGUAUUCAAUAAUUCAUAAAAAUCAGGCUUCAUAUUGUUUAUCCACACCUUAAUGGAAAGAGCGAACAUUAUUAGUAGACUACCAUAGCAUGUUUGUUCAUUUACCAUAUAUUUCUAAACAAAUUUAAGCUGUUCUCCUGGGUGCGUUUUUAAUCAGGCAUUUAAAGAUAAGACAAUAAGGUCUUAAUGCCUUAACUGGCUCACAAGAAUAAACUACUAACAGCACAAUAACGGUAGUUUGUUGCCCAAAUCACCCAAGGACUCAUUGUUUUGUAUCAAGUGUAACAGAUGCUGCAAUGAUUAGGAAGACAUAUUGUAGUUUUCUUACAUUGAUUAUGUAUGCUUUCAUAAUGUAAUUUUUUUCUCAGGUUAUCUGUGGAAACAAAUAUUCUCAGUAUUACAUUAAGAAUUUGUACUUUUCAGAAUUUGCUGGUUACAGUUUCAUUGUUUAUAUUUGGUAGUCAAUCUUUGCAAUUCAGCAGAAUGACUAGAGAGACUAAAAGUGUAUUUGUCCAUGUAUGAGUAAUUGUGUCCAUACACUGGUGAUUUUAGAAAUACUGUGUAUGAACAAAAUACUAACCAGAGACAAAUGGCCCACUAAUGUAUAUGACAAUCAAACUGACCACUUCAAAUAAUACUACAUAUCACUUCAUCGGUCACAGUCACUCUCACGAAGACUGGUGCUGUUCAUUUUGUUUUAAGAGAUCAAACAAAGUUCUACAAUUCUUACAGUAUGUGCCGUUUUACCCUUUAUUAUGUGCAAUGUUAAUUUUGAAAAAAUGAUUUAUUCUGUUGAAAUUGUUUCUAGACAAGUAUGUACUCAUGUAAAAAAGAAGAGAUAUAGUUGUAUACUAUAAACUAAUGUACUAUGUGAAUUAAAUGGAAAUAUUUUUGUAUGAAAAUAUCUUUAACAUUCCUUCAACCAUGAAUAUCAGCAGUGUCUUUACUGUGGUACAGCUUGUAUCUGCUAAAGACUUUGUUAGAAUUACUUAAUCCACACUAAAAGACAGGUCAACUGGUCUCAGAGUGAUGCUGGCAUCAGGAAAGGGGGCCAGAUUAGAUUCAGUAAAACUUGUUGGCCUCUUGCUGGGGUCAGCCCAAUGUAAUUUUUUAAAAAAGUGAUAUGAGCAACACAUUGUUUCAACGUAGUUACUGUGUUAGUGCGUUAUUACUCUAAAGACACAACAGUGACUAUUCAAGACCCACAUGCAGAUUUGUUUAGAAACAGUCUUGUUAAAAUACCCAAUCCUUUUCAAAUCCUGUUUGUUGAUUGUCAGCAAAAUGUGUCCCUAGGUUGGCCUCCACUCAACCUUAUCAUUCAGAACAAAACUCAGUUGUUGGUUCAAUGUGCUCAAUGCCCAAUCAUAUGGUAAACUGCCUUUUGAAGCUGGUUGAAGGAACAUGUAGUGUGUUUAAUGAUCAAGCUCAUAUAAUAAGAGCAAACCAUGGACUCACAAUUGUCCAGUGUGUUCUCUAGCUAACUGUAGUUUAUCCUCCAUCUUAUGUAAAGAAUGUGCUUUAGUUGCCACCAUUUGCAUCCACAGGCAUUUAUUCAAUUUCCAUGAACCCAGUUCCACAGAUGAUUUUCUUUUUUUGAAGUUUUGAGGUCAUACUGAUAGCCAUUGUGUGUUUGCUAUGUAUUGCUUCAGUUUAUACAAAUGUUCAUGUUUAUUGGUAUGUGUUUGUUAAUUGUGAUUGCUACACUAGAUCAAAUGGUACUGUUUCUCUCUUUUUGAUUCUAUUGAAUCUGUCUCCCCAGCAGUAGAAAACACACUUUUUGUUUCACCGUUUGACUAUAUUUUUAUGUUAAUGGCUUCUUCAUCAAGUGUCAAUCUUUUUGUGACUUUGAUUUUUGCAUUUGUGACCUUUAGAGGUGACUGCGCAUCCUUGCAGUAUAUGGGGUGGAGAGUCCAUGAAUGCACACUGUAUAACAUUUGCCAGGAAGAAGUAAAACAAAAACAAAACAGAACUUGGUACUGUACAUAAGCCAUUUCAUUGCAGAAAACUAAUUGAAAAUAUUGUAUUAUAGAAUGUACAUUUAGAUUAUAGUUGUUUAAUUUAUAAGAUGUCAAAUAGAUUGAAUGUGUGUGUGUGUGUUUGUGUGUAUAUAUAUAUAUAUAUAUAUGUAUACUGUAUGUAUGUAUGUAUGUAUGUAUGUAUGAAUGUCACAUGAUUUUAAAGUAAAACAAACAGAAGUAUUUUGUAACACAUUAUUGAAGUGUCUUAUUGGGGGAGCUGAGGUUUUUAUUUUCUUCAGUUCAGCAAAUUGGUGUUGCACAGUUGAAUAUUGUAUGGCUUGUUUUUUUCUCUGUGUAUACCAUCAAAAAUAAGAUUAACAUAUUAAUAUUGUUUUAAAAUAAAUUAAUAAAAAAGUUGACAUUCUGAAACGGCUUGGAUAUAAAUUUUGUGAUAUUGAAUUAUUUAUUAAUCAA